AUGACGAGGCAACAGAUUUAUGCAGAGAUGAACCCACAGGCCCAGGCAACAUUUCCAACAGCCGAGACGGAUGCGACAGACUCGUUUGAACCAUCUUCACUCGCCAUGCUCGAUGCGACAGCGAUGCCUUGGAUGGAUGGGAUAUUUGACUCGUAUCCCGACCAGCAGUGGGAUUUGAGUCCGGAAUCCUCAGUGCUUUACGGCGGCGCUGCGCAGUCCUGGCUUGUCCCAACUGAUUCGCCUGGUCAAAUACCCACAGACCUCAGCGCGGGUAGUCUCUCCUCGAGUUCCCCUCAGACAGUUUCCGAUCGGGUCCUUGCACAGCACUACACGCAGAAUCUAGCGUCCAAGUACAGCUCUAAAGGCCAAACAUGGAACAACCACACGUAUUUCUUCAAUCGCUUCAACUCGAGCCAUUCAUUUGUGAUAUCAUCCCUCUACGCGUGGACAGCAGCGCAUCUCUACUGCAACGGGACUUUAGGCUCUGAGGCUAGUGCCAUAGAGCACUGCAAUAAAAGUCUCGUAGCUUUGGGAGAUCAAUUGGGCAUCCAUCUUAAAUUUGAGGGCUUGGAUGAAGAACUUGGCCACACUUGGCCUCAGCUUAUCACUCAAGACGAUGACCUUGAUGCCGUCUCAGUGACACUUUAUUUUCUUGCCUGGACUGACCUCCUCCUCUCAAGGAGGGCUUCUUUGAAGCGGAUGCUAUAUCUCGAAGCUUGCCUUUUGGAAAGUAGAGGCCACGGUGAUCAAUCACAGUCAGUCUACGGUAGAAUGGCAGUGUGGUUCUGCUUCCUCGAUGCUCGCGCUUCGCUCUUCUCCCAAGGCGAUGAUCGUAUUAUUCAGUGCCUGGGCAACGACUUGGGAUUGAUGUUUGCUGUGGACAAGUCAUAUAAUUUUCUUCAAGAAGAGUACACUCUGCUAUACCCGAAUGAGGAGCGACGAUGGGAUGAGGCUCAUAGGCCUUUGUACGUGGCUACUUGUCGCCUAGUUGCUUUGCUUGGGAUGAUAUCCAGAGGCCACCGUGGUGCUGAGGGGGAGAUUCAAGAGGACAGUACGAGAGCAUCAUUGGACAACAUCUGGGAGGGUCUCGCUAGUAUCAGCGAGGAGAAAGCGGCAGAAAACAAAGUGCUCUCCAUCUUCCUCACCGCGAACGCGCUCUUCCACGCAGUGCACAUUUAUGCGUCAAGAGUAUACCGGCCAGACGACGCAAUCUAUGCCGAGACCAGGCAUGCUGAAAACAUAAUUGGCAUCACCCGUCGAUUCUACAGUAAGCUCAAGCGGCCCAGAACAGAAGCGCCUCCAACCAAGAUAUGGCCAAUUCCACUCAUCAUGGCAGCGAUUGAAGCAAAAGAUCCUAUCUACAGAGACUGGGCGUUGCAACUUAUCAAGGACUGCUCUCAGGCGGGGAAACAUUAUGCAAAUGCAUGUGCCUUUAUCGAAAAGGUGCAUGCCGCCGAGGAGGGGACAGGCUGUCGCGCGAAUCUUUCCCAGAUCGCUAAAGAGAUGGGCGACGAUUUUGUGAUUUAA